AUGGCAGAUGUUGGAGUAGAAAUAUUUUUGGAUAGUGUGUCUCUACAACCAUUCACUAAAGAAGAAUGGAGAUCACAUCAACAAGCCAACAUUGAAAAGAAUAGAAAAGGGAAUGUUACUGUGCAUGUUGUAGACAGUGAAGGGAAUCCUGUGAAGGGAGCCAAAAUCAUGAUAAACCAAAUCAAGAGGGAGUUUCCCUUUGGAUCAGCCAUAGCUAAAACCAUCCUGGCUAAUGAUACUUAUCAGAAAUGGUUUGAGCGAUUUAAUGUGGCAACUUUUGAGAAUGAGUUAAAAUGGUAUAGUACAGAGAAUCAACAAGGAUAUCUCAACUACAAAGAUGCAGAUGCUUUGGUAGAAUUUUGCAAUUCUAAUAACAUAUCCAUGCGAGGGCAUAAUAUCUUUUGGGAGGACCCAAAGUACACUCCUCAAUGGGUUAAGGAUUUGCCUGAUACACAACAACUACAAAGUGCAGUGGAGUCUCGAAUUCGAUCCCUAGUGGGUCGUUAUAAAGGUCAAUUUUUAAAUUGGGAUGUGAGCAAUGAGAUGCUUCAUUUCUCCUUCUUUGAAAAUAAGCUAGGACCUAAUGCGUCACUUGAGUUCUUCAAACUUGCUCAAGAAUUGGACCCCACAACACCUAUGUUCAUGAAUGAUUAUAACACCAUUGAGACUUGCAAUGAUAUCAUGGCUAUUCCAGAUGAAUAUCUAAGAAAAUUGCAAGACAUAUCAAGCCUAGGGGUGAUGACAGGAAUUGGUUUGGAAUCUCAUUUUGGAAAGGCAAACAUUCCUUUGAUGCGUUCAAUUUUGGAUAGAUUGGGGUCUAUAGGGUUACCUAUUUGGCUUACAGAAGUGGAUAUACAAAAUUCUUUAGGUGGUGAUAAACAAGUAGAGUACUUAGAAGAAGUGCUAAGAGAAGGAUAUUCACAUCAAUUUGUGGAUGGGAUUGUGAUGUGGUCAGCAUUGCAUCCAUAUGGGUGUUACCAAAUGUGUUUAACAGAUAACAAUUUCAACAAUUUAGCCACUGAAAAUGUUGUGGACAAGUUGAUAGAAGAGUGGAACAAUGAAAGCAUUGAAGGAAUCACUGAUGAAAAUGGUGAAUUAAAUUUUUUUGGAUUUCGGGCAUAUUAUAAAGCCAUUGUAAUGCAUUUAGAGCUUAACAAUUCUACUACUUUUAAAGUGAGUAGGGUUUCAAUGACCACAUAUCAAUCGCGACAAAUCUAUAUUGUAAUAUGA